AUGGAUCACCUGGCUGCGCCCUUCCAGGAGAUGUGGCGUCAAGGCGAAGUCCCUCAAGGUUUCAAAGGCGCAACCAUCGCUCACCUAUACAAGCGAAAAGGGAACCGCCAAGUCUGCGACAAUCACCGUGGCAUCUCCUUGCCGAACAUCGCUGGGAAGAUCUUCGCACGCAUCCUCCUCAACCGCCUCAAUAACCAUCUGGAACAGGGCCUUCUGCCGGAAAUCCAAUGCGGCUUCCGUUGUCAUCGUGGGACCACGGAUAUGAUCUUCGCCGCCCGUCAACUUCAGGAGAAGUGCCAGGAGAUGCGGACCCACCUGUACUCUAUCAUCGUGGACCUGGCGAAAUCCUUCGACACAGUGAAUCGUGAAGGACCGCGGAAAAUCAUGCAGAAAUUCGGCUGUCCGGAGCGAUUCAUUCAGAUGGUGCGUCAGUUGCACGACGGCAUGAUGGCGCGAGUCACGGACAACGGAGCUGUCUCAGAGGCAUUCGCAGUGACCAAUGGAGUGAAGCAUGGAUGCGUGCUGGCGCCUACCCUCUUCAGUCUUAUGUUCUCUGCCAUGUUGUUUGACGCCUAUCGCAACGAACGUCUCCCGAUCCGUAUCGCCUACAGGACGGACGGUCACCUGCUGAAUCGACGGCGGAUGCACUUCCAAUCGCGCGUAUCCACAACCACCGUUCACGAACUCCUCUUCGCCGACGACUGCGCCCUGAACACCAGCUCGGUAGAGGAGAUGCAACGCAGCAUGGACCUUUUCCCCGCCGCCUGCGAGAACUUUGGGCUGGUCAUCAACACGCAGAAGACGGUGGUCAUGCAUCAACCGCCACCCAACUCAGCCACACCCCAUAACGCGCCGCCGCAAAUCAGCGUGAAAGGAACCCAACUGCAAGUGGUGGAGAACUUCCCGUACCUGGGCAGUACUCUCUCCCGCAACACCAAGAUCGAUGACGAAGUCGCCAACAGGAUCUCGAAAGCCAGUCAAGCCUUCGGUCGCCUCCAAAGCACAGUUUGGAGCCGGUCACGGUCCUUAACUGAGCACGAAGCUGAAGAUGUAAAAGGCCGUCAUCCUGCCGACGCUACUGCACGGAGCGGAGACUUGGACGGUGUACACAAAGCAGGCACGUCGUCUGAACCACUUCCACCUCAGCUGCCUUCGUCGCAUCCUGAGGCUGAACUGGCAGGACCGAAUCCCCGACACUGAUGUGCUGGAACGAACGGGAAUCCUUGGCAUCUACACCAUACUGAGACAAAUUCAGCUGCGCUGGAGCGGCGACCUGGUGCGCAUGGACGACUUGCGACUACCCAAAUGACUCUUCUACGGAGACGUCACGACGGGUUCUCGCCGUCAAGGAGGCCAAAUUCGUCGAUACAAGGAUACCCUGAAGUCCUCCCUGAAGCGUCUGGAAAUCAACCCGUCCAACUGGGAAGAGCUUGCACUCGAUCGACCGACCUGGAGGAGGACAGUGAAGACAGGCGCUACGAUCUACGAAGCCAACCGCAUCGCUGCCGCCAAAGUGAAACGCGAAGCCCGCAAACCCUAACCUUGCCCAGUACUCAACGCCGCCGCACAACAGCUUCCAAAGUGUCCUCGAUGUCAACGGACAUUCUGGGCUCGAAUCGGAUUUGUUGGACAUCUUCGGAUCAACUGCACAUCUCGGACUGCAUCAACUGCCCGCCUCUUCCUCCUCCUCUCCGCCACCAACUAACUCUGACAAUUCUUCCGAAACACCACUUCCAUCCUCCUCCUCCCCCUCCUCCUCCUCCUCCUCCACCAACUCCUUCUCGUCCUCCACCACUCCACCCGCUACGGCCGCUCAGACGGCCGUCUCGCACAUCACCAACCCCGACACAACAACCGACAACAUCCCCACCUCCUCCGACUCCAGCGAUGAGGAUCAGGACUACACCGGUCCUCACUGCGAUCGCACCUUCACCUCACGCAUCGGCCUGGUCGGUCACUUGCGAAUCCAUCGCACGGAGACUGGCGAACCAGUGCCUGGAGUACCAACCUACACCCACUGCCCACGCUGCUCUCGCGCCUUCACGCAUCGCAUGGGCCUAUUCGGCCACAUGCGCAUCCAGGACGACCUGCGGUAG